AUGCGGGUGUGGGUAGCAUCGCUAGUGUUUUAUGCUUUUGUUUUUGCCAUUUGUGAAUUGUUACGCUAUAUAAUCGUACGUCUACUACCAAAACGAUUAUCCACAGAGUUACUUUUGGAGUUCGUUGGAACUCUUCAAAUAUGCACUCCAAUGUUCGAUGUCAACACUGUGUUGGACACGUACGGGUUAUUCGGUGUAUUCGUGGAGAUCACUAUUAUCGAACUCGCUAACUGCUACUAUCAGAGGGAUGCCGUGGCGAAUCCAUGUCCCAUUGUUACUUCAUGCUAUCGACGUUCAAAAGCAGUACGACGAGCGGUUGCCGUUUUUGUGACACAAAUGGCAGCCGCUUACUUGUCAUACUUCCUGGCCAGAUCAUUCUGGAAGCUUGGCAUUCAUCCAGUUCAUUCCGAACUUCUUGCUGCAGAGCAUUGCACAGCGGAUUUAACGAUAGCGGUCACUACUGGUUGCCUUAUCGAAGGUGGUGCAACAUUCAUAGGAAAAGCUUUUGAGAAGUACAGUAGCGAUUAUUUCGAGGAUUCAUGGACAUCCAGUGUUGCCUCCUGUAUUUUCAGCGGGUUUCUUUGUGCCUUAGGCAUCAAUUACACAGGAAUGUACGCGAAUCCGUUGGUCGCAUGGGCAUGUACCUUUAAUUGCGAAGGAUUAACCCAUGUCGGGCAUUUGAUGGUUUAUUGGCUAAGUCCUUUAAUUGGAUGGUAUCUGGCUGAAUUGAUGUUCGGUGACGAUGAUGAGGAAGAGGAACGAGAAAAGAAGAACGAUUAG